ACCCGUGGCUGAGAAGGAGGCCUGAGAGCGACAUGUCCCCGGCGGCCGAGGCAGAGCGGCCCGUGGCGCUGUUUUUCUGAGUCCGGGGCGGCCUCGCGGCCGGCUGAGGACGAGGGUCGGCGGGGGCUGCCCCCGCUGUGGUGGCCGCCAUGCUGGGGGCCCGGGCGGUUGAGGGAGCCGCCGUGGCGCUCCUGCGACUGCUGCUGCUGCUGCUGCUGCCGGCGCUCCGGGGGCCGGGGCUCGGCGUGGUCGGCUCGGCGGGGGCCGGGCUACCCGAGAGCGUCAUUUGGGCCGUCAACGCGGGCGGCGAGGCGCAUGUGGACGUGCACGGGAUCCACUUCCGCAAGGACCCUUUGGAAGGCCGGGUGGGCCGAGCCUCUGACUAUGGUAUGAAACUGCCGAUCCUGCGUUCCAACCCGGAGGACCAGAUCCUAUAUCAAACAGAGCGGUACAAUGAGGAGACUUUCGGCUACGAAGUGCCCAUUAAGGAGGAGGGGGAUUAUGUGCUGGUGUUGAAAUUUGCUGAGGUCUACUUUGCACAGUCCCAGCAGAAGGUAUUUGAUGUGCGAUUGAAUGGCCAUGUCGUGGUGAAGGACUUGGAUAUCUUUGAUCGUGUUGGGCACAGCACAGCUCAUGAUGAAAUCAUCCCUAUGAGCAUCAGAAAGGGGAAGCUGAGUGUCCAAGGGGAGGUGUCCACCUUCACAGGGAAACUCUACAUCGAGUUUGUUAAGGGGUACUAUGACAAUCCCAAAGUUUGUGCACUCUACAUCAUGGCUGGGACAGUGGAUGAUGUACCAAAGCUGCAGCCUCAUCCAGGACUGGAGAAGAAAGAGGAGGAGGAAGAAGAAGAAGAAUACGAUGAAGGGUCUAAUCUCAAAAGACAGACCAAUAAGAAUCGGGUGCAGUCAGGCCCCCGCACGCCCAACCCCUAUGCCUCGGACAACAGCAGCCUCAUGUUUCCCAUCCUGGUGGCCUUCGGAGUCUUCAUUCCAACCCUCUUCUGCCUCUGCCGGUUGUGAGAACAAAUACCAUCCUGAACUGGGUGGAAGGGUGAGGGAAAGAAACCAAACAUGUUGGUUUUGGUUUCUGUAUUUUUCACAGUGAUUAACAAAAAAAAAAAAAAACAGACAAAAACCACACACAAAAAUUAAAGGAGAAAAAAAGAGGCAAGAGUGGGUAGAGAGCAGCCCUCAUCCACCACUGGUCCCAGCCCUGCUUCAGUCCUUGUGCUCUCUUUGUGGCUGGCCCCAGCCGUCUCUUUCCUCUCCAGGGUACUUAGGGCAAAGCGGAUCCUACGUGUUCAAGGAUCCUCGUCUGCACACCUAGUGGAAAGGACUCUGAACCCAGAGCAGACACAGUUCCUUUUUUUAGGUUAGAAAUUAACAGCAGGGAAAUGUCAUCUUACUAUCUGAGAAGACCAGUGCUGGGAGUUGGGUAUGUUCUGAAGUGACGUCCAGAUAAGUUUUCAGAUGCCCUGGGAUUGAAAGUGUGUGUGCUUUGUGUAUGUGUGAAGGUGUAUAAUUUGUAUGAUAAAGAUGAAAACAGAGGGGGAUUAAACAAAAAAAGAAAGAAAAGUA